CCGUUGCAGAACUGAGUCCAGAAGAGUCUGAAGAUAUUCUCUUCAAGGAGGCUUGGCUCACGUACUUUUGGAGAAGAGCACUGUCCCUAGGCAUAGAAGUAGACAUUGCGCGACAACGUCUUAGAUUCUGGAUCGGCAGGAGUGCACACUCUCCAUCUUCACAUGACGCCAUGGAAGUUGAGCAAGGGCUAACAGAGCUAAGAAAGCUUCGGAUAGAACGUAGAUUGUGGGAAGCCUCCAGGUCCAACCAGUAG